UGGGUGGGAACUUGGGCAGCACUUUUUUCCCCCCUCUCACUCUUUCCAAAACCCUAGGAUCUCGACUUUAAUCCAGAACUCUAUAUCUCAGACAGAAAUUUGUACCCAAGAAGGGGGAAGAUUGGCAAAUCUGAACUGGGAGUGUGAAUUUCCCGAAAGUUUAAAUCCCUCAGCACCUCAUACUUUACUUUCCUAUUCUUACUUUCUGAUCUUUCCCUCCAAGUGCUCUCUGGUGCCUCAGAUUUUUCUCUUUUAUCCCUCUUGUUCAGGUGCUUUUACUUUUACAGAAGGUAGGCAUCCUACCUCUAGUUACUCCUCACUCCCACCCCUUGCCUUUCUCAUCUAGCCAAACUGGUUUGUGUCAGCCACGCCCCCUUCUGAGCUUGUAGUCUCUUAAGGUGGUGACUGGCCACACCCAAUCCCACCCCUGGGCUUGGCUUGGAGCCCUGAGUCAGCUCCAUCUCCACCCAAGCCAAAUCAAACCUGAGCCAGGAGCGGAAACUCACAGUCCCUCAAGGCCUAUAGCCAGGUAAGAAUCCCUUUUCUUUUUCAUAUUUUCUCUGAGCUGAACUCUCUGGACACAUUCUCUCUGUGAUCUCUCUGUGAUGACACACUGUUUACCUCAUGAGUUCUUUCCACAUAGUCAAUCUAGCAGCUUUGUGGCACAUACUCUGCUUAUCUUGCUUUUUUCACCCUUUCUAUCCUUCGUUGUGUUGAGAAAGCUGCAUACGGACCGAUUUUGUCUAGGAUGUAGGGAUGUAGGAGAAUUGUUGGAUAUGAGGGUAGGAACAGGUGGUUAGAUACUGGAACUCAGAACUUGAGAUGGGACAUGAUUAACUAGGAGACCAUUAUGCAGGUUUCUGUGAGUAAUGAGGUCAUGCAGACUUAAUCUGUGUUAUGUGGCCUGGGUUAAAAGGAGGAGGCAGGGGUGAGCAUAGCAAAGGACACUCCCAAAUUGGGAAGAGAAGGGCUUUCUGAGGUUCAGUUUUCUCAGCUACAAACAAGAAAGCUUGAGAUGGGUGCUUUUCCCUUGUCCCCCAUCUCCAGUGCUGUGUUUUCACAUGGUAGAGCUGAUUUGCUUGAAGUGGUUACAAGGUCCCAGGUGCCCAUCUGAUCCUUUAGUAAUCAUAGCCUGUGGGACAUUUUAGGACCCUUUGAGAUAUAGUUUAAAAUCACUGAUUUGGAUAGUCUCAUUCCUAGCAGCUUCUGAGAUUUUGUUUUUUCUCCUGCUCAGUAUGCACCUGUUAUUUUGCUUCUCCUCACUUAAGUAAUGCAGAUAAUGCUAUGUUCACAUUGGCUUGCUUUUAAAGACUUGGAAUCUUAGGCUGAGAAAUAAGGGUUCUAAUCACACAUUACCUUCUUGGUCUGUGAGUCACUAGAGGUAUUCCCUGGUAAGGCAGCAUUCCAGAGAGUUGAGCUAAGUCACAAGGACUUCAUCAGAAAAGGGGUGGAGUCUGAGCAAGCCAGAUGAGGAGCUCAAUUGAGUUUACAGAUACCUUGACCAUAUCGCCCACAGGUGAUGGAGGACGAGGAGAAGGCAGUGGAGAGCUUGGUGUGCAACACGGAAGCUGCUCAUUCUCCAUCCCCCAUCCGUUGCUGCUGGCUCCGCCUCCGCUACUUGGCAGCUACUAGCAUUAUCUGUGGCUGCUCUUGCCUGGGAGUUGUGGCCCUUGUUUUUGCCAUCAAGGCAGAAGAGCGGCAUAAGAGAGGCCAGUUGGAGGAGGCAGUGCACUGGGGGGCCCGGGCCCGGAGGUUCAUCCUGGCCAGCUUUGCUGUCUGGCUUGCUGUUCUUAUUCUGGGCCCCUUGCUGCUGUGGCUGCUCUCCUACGCCAUCGCCCAGGCUGAAUGACCCUGGGUGGCCUCUGCUGAGUCAGUCGAGACCUCCUGGAUCCUGCAGUGCGGUAUUGCUAGGGACUGGUGCUAGCAAUGGUCCUUCCUGGCCAGGAGAAUGGUGCCUCUCAAAGGGUUUUGGAAGAACUUUUAGUUUUUAUAAAAGGAAGGAAGCAGCUGAGACAUAGGAAUAAGACCCGAUGAUGGGGGAGGUCAGCCUAGCCUACUCUGUACUUCCAGUGCCCACCACCCCUAUUGCCCCCAACCUCAUCCUAUGGGUCUUUACCCAGAGAGGCGGGGUUGGACACCAGACCUGAUUUUAUUAGAAAAAAUUUGUUUCAUAAUAAAAACUUUUUUAUUAGUGAAAUGCUCCUGUUUAAUUGUUCAUCCCAUGCUUUGCCCUGGGUCUUUGGUGAGAGCCAGAUAGGACAUCUAAUUAAGAGGAGAGGAUUGUUCUUUUUGCUUUGGAAAGACCCCAGCUUCUUCCUUCCACAUCAACAGAGACCCUGAAGCAGAGAGGAAGAGUAGUAGCAGCUGCUACUUAGUAUUUACUAUAUCCCAGUUGUGUUCUAAGCACUUUAUAUUUCCUAACUUCUUCAGUCCUCAAAACCCCUCACUAAUGGGUACCACUGUUCUCAUUUUAUUGUUGAGGAAACAGACACAGAUUACCCAAAGUCACAUAGGUAGUAAGGGACAGACCUGGGAUUGGACCCAGACAUUAUGGUUCCAUAGCAGAGAGAGGAGUGAAAGAAUUGGAUAACAAACUGCCAUCCUGUGUAUGAAGCUCUAUGGUUAUAAUGAAUUUUGAUCUUUUAUCUUGGCCCUCAUGGUACUAUUUUAAACAUUCUAAAACUGUGAAGUGUAUCUCAAAUACAGGAAAAUAUUCAGAAUAUACAGCUCAGUAGAUGAACACAAACAUCUGAAAAACCACUAUUCGGUCAAGAAAUUGAACAUUGCCAACAUCGCAAAACCUCCUUUUAUACCAUACCCUGUCUCCAUUCCUUCCUACGGGAAACUACAUUUUGAUUUCUGACAAUGUAGUUUAGCUUUGCCUGCAUGUGAACAUUGUAUAAAUGAAAUUGUGUUCUUUUUGUCUGUUUUUUUUAAUUUACCAUGUGAGAUUAAUCAGUAUUUGGUGUAGCUGUAGUUUUUAUUACUGUAUAGUAUCCCAUUAUAUGAAUAUAUUACAAUUUACCCAUUUUCUGUUGGUGGACUUUGGAAUGUUUUCAGUUCGGGGAUAUUAUGAAUCAUGCUGCUGUGGACAUUCUUAUAAGUGUCUCUUGGCGUACGUGUGCUCUAAGAAUGGAAUUUUUUGUUACUUCACUAUAACUCAGAGACAAACAGAAAAUCCAAAGGAAUUAGAGCUGUUGCACACUGAAGAGAGAGGGAGAGGUGCACACUGGUUUUCUUCAGUGCGCCAAAGUAUCCCAAGGGGGAAAGUGAAGAGAAUCCAUUGUUGUCCCAGAGGCUGGAAUAACAUUGAAUAGAAGCCACAUACAGGGCAGUGAUUCUUAGAUUUGACUUCACAUUGGAACCACCUGAGAGGCUUAAAAAAAAACUUAUGUCUCUGCUUUACCCCUUAGAGAUUUAAUUGAUGUCAAGUGCUGCCUAGGCAUCAAGAUAAUGCAUGUUGGAGAGGAUUUUUACAGAAUCUUUAGUAUAUGUGCUGCCGAAGCGAGCACUUACAGAAUCUUUAAAAGUUAAUAUUUGAAUAAUCAGCAGUAUCAUUUUAUUAGAUGAGAAUAUCCCAUUUCCCCAAACUGAUUGAAUGAG